AUCUUUUGGUUCCAUACAACUGUUGUGCAUUUCUCAGUUCUGCAGCUUUGCCUCACUUUGAAGCGGUACACAUGAGAUGCAUUACAGCUAUUGUGUUGGCUUUGUUGUGUGACACGUCACUGUUCUUGCAAUGUUUGGAAUUGACAAGGGUCUGACUUUGGUUUUAUGUGAACAACAGCUUUUGAGCCUCCUCAAAGAACAAAAGAGUUUCUUCCAUGUUCUCAUUUCAACCCUGAGGCUCCCAAAACCAAAUGACUACACUAAACUCAGCUUACUGCUUUUUUAGUACAUAGGAUUUUUACUGCUGCCCUCCGAGUUGCUUCUUUCCAUUUCCUCGUGGGAAACUUGUUAAGAGCUGCUUUAUCAAAACCAUAUGACAGAGAUGACUGUUUCUUCUGGCACUUAGAGCCCUUAGAAAGGUACGCAGGGAAGUGAUCAGCCUUACCACAUGCUUUAAAACACUGAGGCAAGUUUGUCGAGAGGCCUCUGAUUCACCAUCUAGUCUCUGCUGGCACAGGCCCACUGAAGGCAGGAGGAAUCCCCAGGCUGCAGUUCUCUUUGCUAAUGAAUCUGCAUGCAGCUGAAAGCUGGGCCUUGUCCUAAUGGAUGGAAGUAAAAGUUUACGCCUGUGGUUUUUGGGGUGUUCAGAACAAAGUGGGACAAAGCAGACUACAGAUACAGGAUGCAGAAAUGUGAAUUUUACUUCUGCCUAUAAUCCGUAUCAUUUGAACACUGCAGGAGAGUAUUUUGAAUGGAAGUGUGGAAGUGUGACAGAAUUCAUCUUCCAUCGCUCAAACCCAACGACCUGGUCUGUUUCAGCCCAGCAGCUGUGUUUGUAAACAUAGCAGUGAGCAUGUGCUGGGGUGGCUGCUGCGUGGAGCUUUGAGAGGAGCAGUGCCAGCACAGCGCAGAUGCAGGCACGCACUGGAAUGGAACAGUGCAGAAAAUGAGAGUGAAUGCGUCUGGUGACUCAGGCCCUAUGAGAAAAAGGGAAAGCUAAGGAUGCUGGAGCAGAACAAUGGAUUUCUCUUUCUCUUUCAUGCAAGGGAUCAUGGGAAACACAAUUCAGCAACCACCUCAGCUCAUUGACUCAGCCAACAUCCGCCAGGAGGAUGCCUUUGAUGCCAGCAGUGACAUUGCUGAAGAUGGUGGACAGACACCAUACGAAGCUGCCCUACAGCAAGGCUUUCAGUACCCAACACCCACGGCGGAGGAUCUGCCCCCCAUUGCUAACGGCUACCCGGCCACCAUCAACGUGUACGAACCUCAAGCCAAAUUCCAGACGUACAGUCAAUAUCCCAAUGGUUCUGCCAAUGGUUUUGGUACAGUUAGAAACUUUAGUCCCCCAGAGUAUUACCACGUGGAAAACUCGAAUGCGAGGCCACACGAAGUUCUGGAAAAGCCUUCCCCUCCGCAGCCACCCCCACCACCACCUUCAGUUUCACAGACGGUGAUUCCAAAGAAGACUGGCUCACCAGAAAUCAAACUAAAAAUAACCAAAACUAUCCAGAACGGCAGGGAAUUGUUUGAGUCCUCUCUUUGUGGGGACCUUUUAAAUGAAGUACAAGCGAGUGAGUAUGCUAAGGCAAAACAUGAAGGGAGAAAAGAGAAAAGGAAAAAAAGUAGCAAGCAUGACUCUUCCCGAUCGGAAGAGCGCAAGUCGCACAAAAUUCCAAAAUUAGAACCAGAGGAACAAAAUAGACCAAAUGAGAGGCUUAGCAUGCUGUCUGAAAGGCCAAGAGAAGAUGCAGUGUUGGAGGAAGCCCCGGUGCAGCAGUUCUUGCCUUCUCUUCCAACACAAGCCAGCCAUGACAUCAAGUUUCAGGUUGGCGAUCUGGUUUGGUCCAAGGUGGGAACAUACCCAUGGUGGCCUUGCAUGGUUUCAUGUGAUCCACAGCUUGAUGUUCAUACCAAAAUCAAUACAAGAGGUGCCCGUGAAUACCAUGUUCAGUUUUUUAGCAACCAGCCAGAACGGGCGUGGGUGCACGAGAAGCGAGUUCGGGAGUACAAAGGACACAAACAAUACGAGCAGUUAUUGGCAGAGGCUGCUAAGCAAGCCAGCAACCAUUCUGAGAAACAGAAGAUUCGCAAACCAAGGCCACAAAGAGAGCGUGCUCAGUGGGAUAUUGGUAUUGCCCACGCUGAGAAAGCGUUGAAAAUGACUCGGGAAGAAAGGAUAGAACAAUACACCUUCAUUUAUAUAGACAAAGAGCCAGAGGAGGUUUUGUCAAAAGCCAAAAAGACUGCUGCUUCUAAAUCGGAGACCAAGAAGAACCGGCGUCCAAAGCCAGCGUUGAACACCCAGGCAGAGCAUGGCAAUGUGAUAACAGGAUCACCUUCCAGUGCAGAGCUGCGAAGGCAGAGCCAACGGAGGCAGUCGAGUGCGGAAGAGGAGGAGCCACCACCUGUGAAAAUUGCAUGGAAAACAGCUGCAGCUAGAAAAUCCUUACCAGCCUCGAUAACCAUGCACAACUUGGAUCUUCAAAAAUGUAACAUGUCUCCGGUUGUUAAAAUUGAACAGGUUUUUGCUCUUCAAAAUGCUGCUGGGGAUGGAAAACUCAUCGAUCAGUUUGUUUAUUCCACUAAGGGAGUUGGUAACAAAGCAGAAAUAAGCGUCAAAGGACAAGAGAAGCUUAAUUCUUCAUCCAGUCAGAGGAAUGAAAAAGCAACGUGCAAUGUGCAAAACGCAUCCUCUCCUGAAACAACUUCUGGGUCAGCAGGUUCUGUAGAAAAGAAGCAACAGAGAAGAUCCAUUCGAACCCGCUCAGAGUCUGAGAAAUCCACCGAAGUUGUGCCAAAGAAGAAGAUCAAAAAGGAGCAGGUUGAAAUGGUUCCACUGGCAGCAGUGAAGACAGGCCUGCAGAAAGGUGCCAGCGAGAUUUCAGAUUCUUGUAAACCUUUAAAGAAGAGGAGUCGAGCCUCAACUGAUGUGGAACUGACGAGCUCAGCUUACAGAGAUGCUUCUGACUCUGAUUCAAGAGGACUCAAUGAUUUACAGGGUAGUUUUGGAAAGCGUUCGGACAGCCCAUCAGCUGCUGUCGAUGCUGAUGCUUCUGAUGUGCAGUCAGUGGAUUCCAGCUUAUCCAGGAGAGGAACUGGAACAAAUAAAAAAGACACCGUUUGUCAGAUCUGUGAGAGCUCUGGUGAGUCACUGGUGUCCUGUGAGGGCGAGUGCUGCAGCACCUUUCAUAUGGAGUGUCUGGGCCUGAAGGCGAUGCCGGAGGAGAAGUUCUUCUGCACAGAGUGUAAAAAUGGAGAACACACGUGCUUUUCUUGCAAGCUUCCUGGCAAAGAUGUGAAGCGCUGCUCUGUCAGCGCGUGCGGUAAAUUCUACCACGAGGCGUGCGUGCGCAAGUUUGCCACAGCUCUGUUUGAAUCACGAGGAUUUCGGUGCCCUCAGCAUUGCUGCUCUGCCUGCUCCGUGGAUAAGGACAUCCAUAAAGCAAGCAAAGGUCGCAUGGUGAGAUGUUUCAGAUGUCCCAUUGCCUAUCACUCAGGAGAUGGCUGUAUUGCUGCAGGAAGCUUAUUUGUGUCAUCCCACAUUCUCAUCUGUAGUAACCAUUCCAAAAGGAAUCACUCCUCAUCAGCUGUAAAUGUAGGCUUUUGUUUCGUUUGUGCAAGAGGGCUGGUAGUGCAGGAUCAUUCAGACCCCCUGUUCAGUUCAUAUGCCUAUAAAUCCCACUACCUACUGAAUGAAUCAAAUCGUGCUGAGUUGAUGAAAUUACCUAUGAUUCCUCCUCCUUCGUCAGCUUCCAAAAAGAAAUGUGAGAAAGGUGGAAAACUGUUGUGCUGUGAGUCCUGCCCAGCUUCCUUUCACCCUGAGUGUCUCAACAUAGACAUGCCUGAAGGAUGUUGGAAUUGCAAUGACUGUAAAGCUGGCAAGAAGCUUCGUUACAAGCAGAUUGUUUGGGUCAAGCUUGGAAAUUACAGGUGGUGGCCAGCAGAGAUCUGCAAUCCCAGGUCUGUGCCUCUCAACAUACAGGGCCUCAAACAUGAUAUCGGGGACUUCCCAGUAUUUUUCUUUGGUUCACAUGACUACUAUUGGGUACACCAGGGCAGAGUUUUCCCUUAUGUUGAAGGAGAUAAAAGCUUUGCUGAGGGGCAAACUAGUAUUAACAAGACCUUCAAGAAAGCACUUGAAGAAGCAGCAAAGCGUUUCCAGGAGCUGAAAGCACAAAGAGAAAGCAAAGAAGCAUUAGAAAUUGAAAGAAAUUCAAGGAAACCUCCACCAUAUAAACACAUUAAAUCCAACAAGGUAAUAGGGAAGGUUCAGAUUCAGGUGGCUGACCUGUCAGAAAUCCCCCGCUGUAACUGCAAGCCAUCUGAUGAGAACCCGUGUGGUCUGGAGUCAGAAUGUCUGAACAGGAUGCUGCAGUAUGAGUGCCACCCCCAGGUGUGCCCAGCAGGAGAGAGGUGUCAGAACCAGUGCUUCACCAAAAGGCUCUACCCUGAUGCUGAAAUCAUCAAAACCGAUCGACGUGGAUGGGGUCUCAGGACAAAAAGGAACAUUAAAAAGGGUGAAUUUGUGAAUGAAUACGUUGGGGAGCUAAUUGAUGAAGAAGAGUGCAGACUGCGAAUUAAACGUGCCCAUGAAAACAGUGUAACCAAUUUUUAUAUGUUAACAGUUACAAAGGAUCGGAUAAUAGAUGCUGGUCCAAAGGGGAAUUAUUCUCGCUUUAUGAACCAUAGUUGUAAUCCAAACUGUGAAACACAGAAAUGGACAGUGAAUGGUGACAUCAGAGUUGGGCUGUUUGCUCUUUGUGACAUUCCUGCAGGAAUGGAGUUAACAUUUAAUUAUAAUUUGGAUUGCCUUGGGAAUGGUAGGACUGAGUGUCACUGCGGAGCAGAAAACUGCAGUGGUUUCCUAGGAGUGCGUCCAAAGACAGCAUUUGCAACAGCAAAUGAAGAGAAGGUGAAGAAUGCAAAAUUAAAGCAGAAGAAGCGGAAAAUAAAAACGGAACAGAAGCAGAUGCACGAAGACAACUGUUUCCAGUGUGGAGAUGGGGGAGAACUUGUCAUGUGUGAUAAAAAGGACUGUCCCAAAGCUUACCACCUCCUAUGCCUUAACCUGACUCAACCACCUUUUGGAAAGUGGGAAUGUCCGUGGCAUCAGUGUGACAUCUGUAGCAAUCCUGCAGUUUCGUUCUGUGAGUUCUGCCCUCAUUCAUUCUGUAAGGAUCACGAGAAAGGAGCCCUGGUGGCAUCGGCACUGGACGGCCGUCUCUGCUGCUCCACACAUGACCCCAAAUCUCCCGUGGCACCUGAGUACUGGAACAAGAUAAAAUGCAAAUUGGAACCUCAGAGUCCUGUAGAAGAAGCAAAAGAGUGAAUUUUUGUUUAAAAACAAACAAAAGAAACAAGAAGGGAGGGAAGAAGAAGAGGGGCGAAUAGGCGAUGAACUUGAAGAGACUGCUGUGACACAUUCAGUCUGUAUCAUCGGCGCUGUCUUGUGUGAACUGGGAGUGGGACCACUUACCCUUACCAAGCAGAAGCAGGCAGUGGUGUUUGUUUUUUAUUGUUUGGUCUUUUACCCUUGAAUGUGCUACAAGCAGCUCUUUCUGUUGGGAAAACAAACGUCUCGGCCUUCUAAAGCAAACAGGAGACCUUUUGACAGUGAAAAGAAUAUUCUGUUUAAAGAUGUUCAAGUGUAGAAAACAAAGCAUAGCAACAUAUUUAUUUAUUUAAUUUUUAAAGGAUGUUGAAGAUCUGGUUUGGAUCAGUCAGCGUGUCUUUAAAACAAAACAAACAAACAGAGAAGCCAACAUAACUCCUACGUCUAGUUUACAAAAAGGACAAACCCUCCCUGCGCUGUGUAACAUUCAGGUAUCGUGAAGACAAAUGUGGGUUUCAGACCAGGUGACUGAAAUGCCUCCAUUCCGUACUUCUUUUUAAAGGCAGGUUGUAUAUCAUGUUAACUUGUGAAUAUUGCUGUAAAGCUUUUCCUGUGAGAAAUAACGUGUAUGGCUCUUUGGGAGUGCUUGUAACACAAGUGCUAAUGUUUUAAGAAGGAAGGAAGUAGUCGCUUGCUGGAGAGCUGUAAUUGGUGGUGUUUGCAGACAGGUGGAAAUUCAGAAGGAGCUGAAUUGCACAGUGGUCAUUUCUUUCCUAGGAAAACCUUCCUAGUUAGGAGAGCUCCUGGCCUUGGUCGCACUGCAGCACACAGAACUGAGGUCAGCAUGCUGCCCUGGGAGCACAGCCUCUGACUGCUUCUGGUGGAGGAUUGUUCUGUGUGUGGAUUUGUCAUCUGCCAAGUUCUGCACUUGUUUUAUGGCAAUUAUGUUAUUGUGAAUCUUUAUUGCUUUCUUCUCAGACUCCCAUUGGCUCCGGAGGAAAUUCGAGUGCUUAAGGAAUCCAACCCAUCUUCGUGUUUCUUUUGAUUUGAAUAUUUAUGUUUUCAGUGAGAAAGAUUUGCUGACUUUAUAAUGUUCACUGUUAAUGGAGCUAAGAAAAGCAAGCGAGUCCCCUACAGCACUUCAUCCAUAACAGAGUGUUUGCUGUGCUAGGUAAUGAGAUUCACAGCAGCCACCCUCAGCCUGGUGGGGUGUUUGUGUUUUGUAUUCCCUUUGUUAAUCUGCAGGGGAGCAGGCUGCUUCAGUGAGGCUCCUGAGUUGGCUUAGGUAGGCUCCUGCUCCAGAUUUUCUUCUGCAAACCUAUCCUACCCUGCAAUCCCUCAAGCAAGGAGCUUAGAGGGAUUAGUAUCUCCAGGCUGAAGUUGGUCUUUGGUGAAUCUCCUCCCCUAGCCUGCAGCCUUUCCAAGUGCUGCAGUCAGCGUGCUUUGGCCGUGUGCUGGCGCUGGCUUGCUGCUAAUGGCUCUUGGAGGUAACCCUGAACAAAAGGAAUUAAUUUGAAAUGUUGCUGGCAUCUGGCUAAAUCGAGCCUUUGAAUGAAUUCUCAAGAGCCCUGUCUCUGGGAAACUGCUGACAUAAACCUGCAGGAACGUGGUGACUUCUCAGCCUGAGAAAACAGGCGAGGAAGGCACGUGUGGGAUUGUGGAGCUUGUCUUGCUUCUGGCUGCUGUCCUUCUCAUUCUCAAACGUAUGUAUGGGAGGGGGGGAAAAAAAGAAGUUUGUGCACUUGUGAAGUUACAAAAUACACUACAGUCCCUCGAAGCAGCCUGGUGCCAAGCAGCUGAUCUGUCAGUGCACCUCUGAGCAGGCUGAGCCUUCCUGCAGCCUGCGGGUGUUUGGGGGCACAGCAGUGCCAGAGCUGCUGGGCUCAGCUGAUGGCACAGGGGGUUGGUGGGAAUAUAAAGCACUUCUCGUGGUCCAUGCUACAGUGAAUGUCUCAAACGCUAAUCUUGCUUGAAAUAUUUUUUACAAAAAUAUUUACGGAAAGAAUUUUAUUUUUCUGAACGUUUUGUGUGAUAAAUGUUUCUUUUUAAGCUCUUGCUGGGGUUUUUUGACCUCUUCAGAGAUUCCAAACGCAGCCGUUGCUGCGGUGUCCGUAAGGCUUGAUGUGUUUAUUUUAUUUAUUAGUCUUGGUAGUGUUGAAAUGAUUUUUCUCUCGGGAAGUCAGAGCAUUCCAAUGAUUACAAAUGUGUUGUAGUGUGGGUGCACCUCACUCUGUGUCCGUGGGGACGUGCUGAGGUGUGCUGAUGCCAGAAGCCUUCACAGCUAUUGGAGAUGGCAGUGAGCAGAACACAGCUGGUGAGCAUUAAUUGCCACCUGAAACCUGUUGCUGUGAUGUACUGCUAUGCUGCAUAGCACAGAAUGUGAAGGUUUGCAAAAGGCUUUAAAAACCUCUGAAAUGCUGUGAAUUGGGGCCUGCUGCUACUCCUGUGCUGUGCCAUUUGAUUCCGGGUUAACUUUUUUUUCUCAAACUUCUUACAGGUGCUCCUUUUUU